AUGGAAGGGGAUUUGCGCACAUUUCGAAUCCGUUUCGAUCCAAACCAAUACAAAGAAGAUUCUGAUAAUGGAAAUAUUGAAGAUAUUUAUUUUUCUUUUAAUUUAGUAAUUCGAAGGGACCCAAAAUCAAAUAAUUUUAAAUCAGUUUUGGCAACAAUAAGGCAAUUAUUAAAUACGGAAUGUGUUGUCCCAGAUUGGUUAUUAGAUUUAAUAUUGGGGUAUGGAGAGCCUGAUAUUGCACAUUAUUCGAGAAUUACAAAUACAGUUGCAACAGUUGAUUUUAAUGACACUUUUCUUUCCUUUGAACAUUUACAAAAAUCAUUUCCAAAUAAAAAAAUAAUUUGUGAAGAAACUGUGCCCAAACCUCCUUUUAGAUUAACUUUCAAAGAAUUUGUUCCUCAACACAAUAUUGAAAAGGAAGAAGAAAGGGAUACUUCAAUAAUUGUAGAAAAUCAAAAAGUAUUUAAUAGAAUAUUGACAGAAACUUAUCAAAAGAAUAAUAUUGAAUUUACGCCGUUACAGAUAGAAGCAAUAAAAUCAGGAAUGCAGCCAGGUUUAACACUCGUUGUCGGCCCUCCAGGAACAGGCAAAACGGACGUUGCUGUUCAAAUAAUUUCAAAUAUUUAUCACAACUGGCCAGAACAACGAACUUUAAUUGUUACACAUUCAAAUCAAGCUUUAAAUCAAAUUUUUGAAAAAAUUAUUUGUUUGGAUGUUGAUGAAAGGCAUUUAUUGAGAAUGGGCCAUGGAGAAGAAGCUUUAGAAACAGACAAAGAUUUUAGCCGUUAUGGAAGAGUUAAUUAUGUUUUAGCAGAACGUAAACGUUUACUUGAACGUGUAGAAAAACUUUGUGAAUCAAUGGAAGAAAUUGGGGAUGUUUCUUAUUCUUGUGAAACUGCUGGAUAUUUUUUUAGAUAUUCUGUCUGUAAAACUUGGGAAAAUUUUCUUGAAUUAAUUGAACAAGCAAAACAGACUGCUAUAAAUGACGCUAAAGAAAAUAAUAAUUCUGAGAAUUCAACAAAUGUUCCUUUACCUUCCAAAGAUUUUGUGGCUGAUAAUUUUCCUUUUACAAAAUUUUUUCAAAGUGGAAAGAAGAAGAAAAAUUUCUUGCCUCUGGAGUUUAAGAGAGAAAAUUUUAAUGAAGAUCUACAAGUAGCAAUGGAAGGAUGGAAUAGAAUUGUAGAUAUAUUCAAAAAAUUAGAGGAAUUUAGAGCUUUUGAAUUGCUAAGAAAUGGACGUGAUAGAGCAGAUUAUUUACUUGUAAAAGAAAGUAAAAUAAUUGCAAUGACUUGUACUCACGCAGCUUUGCGUCGUCGUGAAUUGGUAGAACUUGGAUUUCGUUAUGAUAAUAUUUUAAUGGAAGAAGCUGCACAAAUAUUGGAAGUGGAAACGUUUAUUCCUUUACUUUUACAAGUAAGAAGGGGAAAUUUUUUUAAUUUUCUUAUUAAAAGGAUCGAGCCUUUUUUAUAA